UUUCAUACCAAAUAUAUAAGAGAAUAGUUUGCUUACAUUUAAUAAAUCUCCCGGUGAAUCGGGUAAAAUGCAAGUUCUUAAUGAAAUAAAUGUUAAAGAAGAGCUUGUGAACGGAUAUUGUGCAUUCAUUGUACCAAAUCAUUCUGAGCAUACCGGAAUAGAAGACAUUGAACAGGAGAAUAUUAUGAAUGUGGAGGAAACAGAACAAUUUACAGAAUAUUUGAUUGAUAUUGGACCCACAAAAAUAGAAGUUUCUGAGCAAUUAUACGAUUUGAAUAGCAGAAUGCAAAACACAGCAACCACAAAACAGAAUGCUAGAGACGAUUAUAUGGAGGCCAAAAGGCAUGAGAGCGUUAAUUAACUAUUAUGAAGAACAUGACAAUAUGUAUAACCCACAGCAUGUGCAGUACAACAACAAACAGAUUCAAGCAGACUCACUUCGGCAGCUACAAUUGAAAAUGCGGAGCUUUCACGAAGGGAUUACUGAAAUGGAAGUAAAAACAAAAAUAGCUGCUCUUCGCAGCCAAUAUAUUGCCAAUUUACAAAAAGAGGCAGAAUAUCGUAAAAAUGGUGGCACGGGUACAUGUGAGAAAAUGCCGCCUUAUUUGAAACAUCUAAAGUUUUUAAACCCAUUUUUGAAAAUUAACGUAGAGAGUAGCUCAACUUUAGCUGUUAAAUUACCUGAGCCAAUUGUUUAUGAAAGCGACAAUUCUAAACACCACGAAUCCGAUUCAGAAGUAGUUUCCAACGCAACUCUUUCAAAUUUGAGCACAAACGUGCCUGAAGCAUCCCCAACGGACAAUGUUUUUGUGACCGGCAGAGAAGAUUUGGCCAGCGUUUCAAACAAACGGCGGUCUUUUAAAGCGGAUGUGGAAACAUUCGGCGAAUAUAUCAAGGUCGAAAUGGACCAAAUUGAGGAUCCGAAAAAGCGCCGGGCCAUGCGAUAUAAAAUUAUGAAAGUCUUCAUGGGCGAAAUUUAAAUUAUACACAUAAUUCUUUUUAAAAAAAACAAACAAACCUGCUUACAUUUAAGAACAUAAUUAUAAUUUCUUAUUUUUAUAUAUUAAUUAUAUUUCGAGAGAGCGAAGA